AUGUCUACUAGUUCAGAGAUAAUUGACUUAUACAACAAUACAUCAUUAUCACCUACAUCUGAUUCAAACAUAAAUAACCCAUCGGAAUCACUGUCAUCGUCCGCUUUUGCUAGUCAUUCCCAAUCCAAGUCACGCGAGCUGCAGCCAAACUUUUUUAAGCGAUUUACUAAAUCAUUAAAUUUAUUCCAGCAACCACAACAACCAAAACCACAACUGGAAUUUGCCACCGAGUCUAUUGGCCAGAACAACGCAUCAAAUUCACCACCAACAGGUAUAAAGAGAAUAUUCAAGGGGCUAUUUGGUAAAAAAGAUUAUUACUCAGGCGAUAUCACUCAGAACAAGAUGGAUAGUGGUGACAGAGAUAGAGGUGGAGAUAGAGCAGGUGGGGAUAGGCCUGCUGAAAACAGAGAACAACCGCCGAAUAGAGGGCUAAACGAACUCAGUAAUCCAUCCGGAGAUGAUGAACUGGACUUUGAAUCAAGGAUGGCUGAAUUUUUCCCUGAUUCUCUGUAUCGAGAUUCUCAGCAUAACAGAAUUCAAGCAGAGGAAACAACCCCGUCGAAUGCAGAGGCAAGUUUAGAACAAACACAAUCAGAGAAUCAAAACGUACAAUCUACUACGACUCCUCCUGGUAACCAAUCUACAACUACCUCCGCUGCUGAAAACAUUGAUACAAGCAACAACAGUAACAGCAACAACGUUAAUAAUAUUGAAAACAGCGAAACUACCACAAACACAAAUAACGACACGUCAGAAUCUCAACCAAACGGAGGCGACCCUUUGUCGGGCUCCAACAACAGCAACAACAACAGGGACACCGAUAGUAGCAGCCGCAACAACAAUUUUCCUAUUCCUGGCCCUAACGAUAGAGCAAUUGUAAUCACUGUCAACUACUUAUUCUCCGACCAAAACCGUCCUGAGAAUCCAAAUCGAUCUGGUUCACUUGUACUUUCCUUACCCAAUAAUUCCAACAAUCGUGACCCUGGAUCAAUACAAGAGUUUAUUAGAAUUGCAACGCAAAUGGCAUACACUUUGGUCAUGAAUGGUUUACAUAAUCAACCAAAAGGAAUCACGUUGAGUAAAUUUGAACUGUUUGAAAAAGUGAAAGCUCGUCAUUUCACUGAAGAUGAUUCCAAAGUUUGUUCGAUAUGCUUUGAAGAAUUUGAUGAUUUAAUUGCAGAGGAAGAUGAUAUUGAUGACGAAGAGGAGGGGGAAACCGGUGAGGAGCACGCAUCAGUUGUUGAAGAGGGAGCAGAUGGGAAGGAUGCGGGAAAUAAUGAGCAGGACAAAGAGGGGUAUGUGGUGCGCAAGAGAAGAAGGUUGGUUGACAAGACAUCAAGACUAUUGAGAAGAUUUUCACGAUCACAUACUGAGGCAAUGGAGGAUGGAGAAAGACGAGCUCCAAAUUUGUCAGAAUCUAGCUCAAUCAAUGACUAUGUGACGCCUAUUGCAUCGAACAGCUCGUCCGCAAGAAACACUGUGGGAACAGGAGCGUCUUCAAAUUAUACACCACUAGGUACAAAUGGAAUUCAGUCAUCUUCGCAAGCAUCGACAAGAACACGGGCACAAUCUCAACCUUUACCUCACACACAACCUCAACCACAAACACAGCCACAAACACAAUCCCAAUCGGCUCAAGAUUCCUCACAACCUGUUUAUUUAAUUGAUGUCAAGGAACCGUUUGACCAUUCUCCGAUAAAGAUGCCAUGCAACCACAUUUUUGGUCAAGAUUGUUUGAGUGAAUGGUUGAAACAGCAUUCGACAUGUCCAUUGUGUAGGCAUUCCGUUGGUGAACCAAUGGCUGCCGGGGGAGAAGGGAAUGGUGGAUCAUCACCACAAGCAGGCGUUCGUGCAGGUGCAGGUGCAGGUGCAGGUGUAGGUGCAGGUGCAGGUGCCAGUCCCUUCCCAGGUCUUUUUCGAGGCGCAAGACUACCUCAACCACAACAUCAACAAAUCAAUGGACAGAAUUAUACUUUUUAUACUAUACCUCAUGAAUCCGUACCUGACCUUGGUAAUCAUAUGAAUACAACUGGGGAUGAUGCAGAGAGUGUGACGCAAACAAACUUUACCAAUCGGUUAGCGCUGUUGUUGGGACCAGCAUUGAUGCGAGAGACCACGGAUGUAGGUCGCGGAAGAAGAGGAGUCGGACUUGGUCGUGGACGUAAUGAUGGAGCUAACGAUGCAGCUACCGAUGAUUUGAGCAACUCAUCCAUUGAUGUAAUUCCGGAAAUGAUUGAUUCACUAGAGAGAGAUUUUAUGAGAAGAAAUGAAGCCACUGAUGAGCCUCAUGAAUACUUUGCGAGAUCAAGGUUGACUUCACAACCACAACCUGCCUCCUAUAUUCAAACAUUGCGUCGUACUGUUGGUGAACAACCAUUUUCUCGGCUUCGAGAUACAUCUCCUGGUUUAGAUGGGACCAUGACACCUAUUAGAAGAAGUGGAUCACAAGGCGAUGUAUCAACAACAAGAUCAAGAAGUAAUUUUGGCGCCAGUUUAAGAGAAAGAAUGAGAAGGAGAAGUUCGCAUAAUGACGCUGAUGCUGAUGGCGAUAGUGAUGGCGAUGGCGAUGGCAACGGCGAUGAAGUUGGAAACGGAAAUGGAAAUGACAAUCAUGAGCAGCAACGCUCUUCCUCUAGAUCGCUUUUACCUGGCUAUACCGAAAUCAUGAAUUAUAUUAGAAAUGGAUUUUCAGGAUUGAGAAAUGUACCAAAUCGAUUCAAUGGAGACGAUCAAACACGUGAAGGAUCAAAUAAUGAUGAUACAAGGCAAAUGAAUUUUAAUGAAUUGAGACGUCGUGAAAUGACUUUACAUCCCAAUGGCUUGUUUAGUAUGCGUACAGCUAAUGGUGAGGUUGAAACUUAUACUGGUGAGGAAGUUUAUCGGUUGGUUGAUCGAUUAGAUUCUCGUAUUGAUGGGGAUCCGGCACUGAUGCGAUCGCGAGAUGGAAAUAAUGCUAAUCGUGGCGGUCGUGGUGCUGUUGCUGCUGCUGGUACUGCUACUUCCGCUGCUACUUCUGCUGGUAAUGAUAAUCGAACUGCUGAUGAUGAACUUUCUUUGGGUAUUGAUGGUGAUGAUGAUCAUGAAGAUGAAAAUGAAAAUGAGCUAGAGGAAAGGAGAAGGAAUUCACUUGAUUCGUUAUCUUAUCAUCGUCGAAAUUAUCGUUGA